CUCGUUGAGGAACUUUUCGGCUCGGUCUUUGAGUGAGGAGAGGAAAUUGAGCAGGCCCAUGUCCUCAAUCAGACAAGAGUGGCUGACAAGAGGAAGAGCAGGGAAGGGACUGAGGAGGAAAAUAAAUCCUCCACAUCCACCUGCUUCCUGUGGGGGAGGAGACAAGCUAGGAAAGGGCGGAGUCCUGUGGUACAGGAGAGGUCAAAGGUCAUGCCGCUCGAUAUCUCAUUAGCAUCUGCCCCCCGCAGUAAGACAGAACGCAGUAAAGCCUAAGAGGGGCGGAGUCUGAGAGGAGGUAUGCAGCGUGCGGCAGCCUGCACGCUACAUUCUUGCAGGACCCUCGCACCUCGAGCAGCCGCCAUUGCAGCCGUAAUUGCAACCCGUCCGCCUGCAGCCCAGUGGCCAUGCGAGGAUACCGCGGCGUGAAAUACUUCCUGUUUGUCUUCUGCUACGUCUUCUGGGUUGUGAGCGCCAUUCUCAUUGCAGUGGGGAUCUAUGCCAAAGUCGCCAAGGAGAAAGAUGUUGUGGACACACUGACCGUGGACCCGGCGCUCCUCCUCAUCAUGGUGGGCUCACUGACAUUCUUCAUCACAUUCCUGGGAUGUUUGGGUGCACUGCGUAACACCACCUGCCUGCUGAAGACGUUUGCGGUCAUCCUGGCGGUGGUGCUUUUGGUGCAGCUGACAGCAGGAAUUCUGGGAUAUUUCUUCACUGAUACUGUGAUGGAGAGGACAGAGCGUUUCAUGAUGAAGACCAUCGUCCGCUAUCGGGAGGACCGUGACCUUGAGAACGCCAUUGACUUUGUCCAGAAAAAGUUUCAGUGCUGCGGUGUAGACGGCUACAAGGACUGGUCCAGGAACGUCUACUUUGAGUGCUCAGACUCCAACCCCAGCAUGGAAGCCUGUGGCGUACCCUUCUCCUGUUGCGUCGUCCCCAGCAACCAGACGGUGCUGAACACCAUGUGUGGUUUGGGAACACAGCAACAGGAUCAUAAGCGGGCCUCUGAGGAUGUCUUCACAGAUGGCUGUCUGGACAAAAUUGUCCUGUGGAUCAGGACCAACAUGAAGAUGCUGGCCGGGAUGAUGGGCGGCCUGCUGCUUCUUGAGGUGUGCAUGAUCUCACUGGCUGCGGCUCAAGUGUGCUGGAUCAAAAAAGUGCGGCAACGGAAGGCAGAGCUUGCGACCAGGAGUGCGUCGCAGAGGAAAGACGAACUGUGGUUUCCUGCGUUUGCUGACUUUGACGACGAAUAAGACCUUUGGGACCUUCCACCUGGCUAAUGCUAGCUUGUUUCGGUCAAGUUCACGUCAAGAGAAUAACUCACAAUGUAAACACCAUGCCUCAGUUUUGGUUGUUCAAUCAUCAUCAGGGUUAAAGGUGGGUCGGAGGCAGGUUACACCUCGGACUAGUCAUCUGUCAAUCACAGGACACAAGCGUUCACGCUCACACUCACACCAUUCGCACGACACUGUGCUAAGCUAGCACAUGGAUGAUUGAAUAAAAAAACUUUUAUAUGAAGUCCUUUUAUGUUUUUGCACAUAACAGUACAAAAAAAUCAAAAAGAUAUAAAAAAGUGAGUGUUUUUGUGCGUUG